AGGAGGUAAAAAAAGAGCUGAAUAUUAUGGAGAGGAAAGAGAGGAGAAGAAAGAGGAGGAGAGAAAGAGGAGGAAAAAAAGAGGAGGAGAGAAAGAGGAGGAGAAAGAGGAGAAGAGAAAGAGGAGGAGAAAAAGAGGAGGAGAGAAAGAGGAGAAAAGAGAGGAGAAGAAAAAGA